AUGGCAGACAAGGUAGUUGCUACUCCGAAUGAGGACAACAGAGUGCUUUUGAAACGCUUGAUACGAUAUGCGCUCUUUUUUGCCCUCGUUGCAGUUUUGUGGAGGAAUAUGCUUUCAGUUCCACCCAGCGGAAGCGGGUUCGUUAGUCGACUGUGGCACACAGUCUCAUCCCCAUUCGGCAAUACACACGCUACAAUGACACACGGACAAAACCGGCCAGCAAUUGGGGUGCCAGAGUCCGACACUUUGGAUGCCAACCCGGUUGAUGUGACUAGGCUUGUAUCGUUUGUCGUAUUGUGUGUCCUAAUCACUAUCCCCUUCUUUCUCUAA